AUGACUCGAAUUUACAGCUACAGCAACAACAAGAAACGUGGUGGUGCCUUGAAACAACGUACGAAGGAAGCUGACAUCUUUCAAGACAAGUGGGCCCCAACUCCUCAAGAAAUGAAGAAGGCCGAACGCGCCGUUUGCAAUUCCCAGACACAAUCGUCGGUGUUGCAGGGGAAACCGCGAAAGGCACAACACGUAAUCAACAAUGAAAACAAGCCAAAUGCUGCUAGAAAGCUUGGAAAACCGACGGGCAAGAUCAUAUAUGCGACACCGCUUCCAAAUCCCAGAAUUACCCACAAUAACAAGAAGACGAAAAAGGCGGUUCUAUAUGCCAAUGCUAUUCCGUUCCAAACCAUUCAGAAGCCGACAUCUGGAAAAGAACUCGUCACAAAGAAGCGUGCCGAACCCACUCAUCCUUUUCCACAAACUAAGACUCCUUCGUCGCAAAAAAAAAAGUAUGCCGAACCCAUACGUCCGCUUCCAGAAACAAUUUUGUCUCCAAAAGAGGCGACUGCUGGAAAGACAAGCACCAAAAGCAGUAAGUUGUGGUCCACCUUGGAUUACUACAUAUCGCUGCCCAAGCAAGGAGAGGAGGAAGUCAAGCAGGAGAGAGAAGAAUCCAAGAGUUCGUCCAUACUUUCAUUGCCUCCUCCUCCUCCUCGAAGGAAGAAUCCAUUUGCCGAAGAUGAAAAGAUGGAUGCUCCAUAUGACGAAGAUGCAAACUCCAUUUCGUCUAGUGCCAACAGUAUUGAAGCGGCAGCAACAAAGACGGAGACAAAACCAUGGGGCAAAGAGAACCAAAAGAAGGAGAAGACUCUCAGAAGACUCUUUUCCAAAAAAAGAGUGGAGGAAGGAAAUGAAGCACCCUCUCCUCCUCGAAGGAAGAAUCCAUUUGCAGAAGACGAAACGGCAGAAGCUGAAAAUAGGCCAUUGAGCAACAAAAAGGUUCAUGACACAUCAGACCAUGGUCCAGUAUCACUUGAUGAAUUCGUGCCGGUAGUUGCCAUCAAGGUGAAUUCUGACCAGCCCAUUGGGGAUCCAAAUCGCACAAGCCUUGGAGGAAAGCUCAAGAAAUCGCUGUUGCCUCGGCGCCAAAAACAGAAAGCAAGGAACCAAGUGACAGAGCCACCAAAGCCAACACAUGAACACGAACGACAAAAACCUAAUGCCAAGCCUCUCACAGAGUUUGGUACAGCUGAUAGGCUGCAGCAACGCAACCAUCGUGUCCAAGUGGACGGUAACAAUAGGAAGAAUACCAUUAUGACAAUGAACGAUACCAAAACAUCGCCAAUGAGACCAAAUCCUGUCAAAAGGGAAAAGUCGAAUGGAGAAGAGGCCAACGAAGCGGUCGAAGUCAUGGAUUUGACUACCAUGUCCUUGGAAUCCUUUCAACUCAGUUUUCUUGAAAAUUCGAAUGUUUGUUUGACCGAUGUCUAUGAAAUUGACUAUCCAGUACACAAAUCGAUAGUCUCGGGAACUUUGUCGAUUGCCUUGCCGCAAGAUGUUUUUUUGUUGGUGAGCACCCAGCUCAGCCUUUUGGACGAGUACAUUGUGCGCAAUAAGCUGAAAAAGACACCACAAGGAGAUCGAUUGUUGGUCGAUUCAAUCUUGAGCAUGCUCAAAAAUAUCUCAGAAAAGCAAACGAAAUACCGGGACUCGUACCUGCAAGAUAGUUUGGAAGGUUGUAUCGCGGCCGCCAAUAGCUUCAUGUGGAUGGUGGAAAAGGUGGAAGAGUUUAUGGAAUUGGUAGCGACCAAGUACCCACAUUUGUGCUGGUGUGAUACAGACCCUGUCACUUGGAUGCCCUGUCAAGAAGCCAAGGAACUCAGUUCCCAAUUUAGCCAUGACGCAGUGCUAGCAGCGUCGACAGAAGCCGUCUGCUUUAUCAUGGACGAUGCCCAUGAUGCUGGUCUUUUCUCGCUUCUAUUUAGUCGACAAUGGGAAGAAGAGUUGGUUCACAAUGAAGUUUCGGUUUCCAUGACUCGUAUAUUGGAACGAAGGAUUUCCAUGGCAUCCAAGUGGUUGGAGCAAGAUUAUUUGUUUCACAAGUUUGUCGGCGCCUUGGUGCGAGCCACCAUUUGCUUUUACAUGGAAGGGAUUGUGCACAAGGCAGAAAGGCUACGAUCGGCUGGUAGCACCUUGGGAAAGAAGACUGCUCGGAAGAAGGUUGCCUUUCGUAAUCCUCAAAAGGCUUGUGGUAGACUCAGUGACGAUAUUGCAGUCCUCCAAGACUACUUUGAGGACAUUGCAGAGCAGAAUAUUGCACUGGCAAGAGUGAUUUCCAAGGAGUUUUCGUUUUUGUCCCUUUUGGUGGAAUGCAUGUUACAAGCAGGAAAGAGUCAUACGGACGAUGUGGACAUUGCCGAGUUUGUGUAUGCCAUGCACAAGGAGACUGGAGCCAAUUUUGACGUUACCAAGUUUUUCAUGUCGGAUGUAUUUUUACUAGUGGGUCCCAAAGGUGCCCACCACCGAGUGGAAGCUUUUAUUAACGGGAUGCACGAAGAACUUGGAAUAUUCACCUUGGAAGACUUGAAGACUGUAGCCAUGGCCAAUAGCGACAUGAAUGGUUUCAAGUUGCACGAAGUGAUGUUGUCACUAUACGAGGAACGCAUAAAAAACGAUAGGACCUACAUUGCCAUGGCCGAAGGAGCAAUCAAGCAGACCAAACGAGACAUUAAGAAGGAACUCAAGAAUACUGAACUGAGAGUCCAAUACUUUUUGGAAGAUUUGCACGAAGAACUUGCCGCGACGGUUGGAUCGCGACCUCAACUGGGAGAGUUUUAG